AUGGGACACGAGGUGAGGUAUGUGGGCGUUAUCAAAGAGCGUUUCACAGCCAAGCCUAUUAAUACGUUUGAAAUAGAGCUGACAAAGAAGGAGAACAACACAAAGAUACUUGAGCUGAAACAUUUGGGAAGCCAAGAUAUCAAAGUGGAGAGGCAACGGAAGCGCACUGAUCCAGUUCAGUGCCACCGUUGUCAGGCAUACGGCCACAGCAAAAACUAUUGCCGGCGGCAAUUCGUAUGCCUGAAAUGCGGCUGCAAAGUCUUUAAAGAUGAGCGCAACAGAUUAACAGCAAGUCGGGCACGAGCCGUGCCCAGCCAGCAACAACUGAGUCAGCAGCCAUCGAUCAAUAGGCGCCACCACGAAGCGCAUAACGAAGGGUCCAACAAACGCAGUCUCCAGCAGCGGCAGCAACAACAACAGCAGCGGCAAAAGAGUAGCGGAAAUAUCGUCAACAACACCAUGACAUAUAGUCAGGUGGCAAACGGGCGAGCUAAUCCUGGCCGGAUGAAUAAUCCGGCUGCACAACAUCUUCUCAAAUUCCAACAAAAGCUACAGCAAGAACAGCGCCAGAAUGCACAAAAAAUAGCUGAGAAGAAAGAGAUGGAAACAGGCGCAAGUCAUCAACUGCAUAAGAAGCAGAAAACUGGGAAAAGGCAACAAUAA